AUGUCGUCGUCCUCCUCCCCGCUAAGCCGGUCCGGCUCACCGCGGUAUCAGGAGCAGCGAGAUCUGGUUAAACACAUCCGGAACACGCUGGAGGCGCCGUUUCCCCGGAUCACCUAUACACCCGUCCUCACUGCCUCCGAGCGUCGUCACCAUCUUUCAGAACCGCGCGCAGAAUUAGCCAGCGAGCACGACAUUCAUCCAGGUGACCUAGGGGCGGACAGUGGUGCGGUCCCGCUCUCAAUUGAGGCGAUUGAUGAGACGGGCGGCCGAACUCUCCUUCACGCACUGCUCGAAACGGGUCGCGACUACUUCGACAGUCUCAGCAACGAUGAGGACCGGCUUGCACACCUGCCGCUGCAGAAGUACGAGUAUGCGCCACCUCGUGCUGGUGCCUCCAAAUACAAAUACGAAGACGAGCUCAACCUGGAGAAACAGCUUGAUCGCGGGCUGGCAGAGCCGCUUGAGGAUGCGCUCGGAAUCCUCCGCUCUGGCGAGAUCUGGAAGGUGGCGCGCGACCCGCACAGGACGGCAUCGAGCUUGGUCGUCACCCACUCGGACAUUGCGUGCUUUGUCCAGAAUGAGCGCCGACAUGAAGGAGGCGUCAUCGAGCUGAAGGCUAUGGUGGAUGACCAUUUCCGAGUGAUCCAUGCGGUUAUCCGAAGCGCUCUCUAUUUCCCCACGAUCACGUUCAAGGGGCAGACACCGCGGUACUGGGACUCGGACGAUGGAAAGUGGCAGGCUGCGCCAGAAUGGUUGAAGCUUGUCGUCCAGAUCGCGUCAAUCCUCUCGACCCGCCUCCGCCGCAACGAGAUUGAAGAACUCAAGAAUCCCGUCAUUGCCUUGCCCGUCAUGACCGGCUCUCUCCUGUUCUUUGCAACGGCCAAGAUCGUCAAGUUCGACAAUGUCCGGUACCUGCAACUCGCCAUCUCCGACAUCUACGACAUGCAGAGCCUGCCCCUUCGCCUUCUCCUCUUCGUCAUCUCGCUCCUCCACGUUUCGGUCAAUCCGCUUCCUCCACCUUCCGAUUACUUUUCCGAACGAGCGUUCAAGUCGACGAUCACGCCCGACUCGCUCCAGCUCCCGCCGGCUGCGCAGGAAGCGAAGGCGCGGUCCUCGUCCGGCAGUUCGGCUGCUGGAGGAGCGACCGAGAACGAGGGAGAGCGCGUAGUAGAGGGAGGGAGAUCAAUCAGGAGCAGAGGCGCAGUUGAGGAAGAAGGGGCGGAAGAGGAGGAAGAGGAGGAGGAGAAGAAGGAGGCGGGGCAGGAGGAGGAGAGGUUGGACAAUGAAGGCGGGCCAAGGCCCCCAUCUGGGCCGAGUUCAGGUCCCGGAUCUGGCGGCGGCGGAAGCGACACCUCAGGCGACGGGACCGGCGCUGGGCGGGCAUCUUACGGUGAGAGGGGACUGGCAAAGCGUCGAGCCGCGUCGCAAGGUGGCGGCCCGUCGCUGAAGAGGGGAAAGGGUGCCGGUGGUGCAGACAAGCAGGAUGGCUUCCAGGUUGUUGUCACCGCUUGGGGAUGGAAGACUCUGCCGGAAACCUUCCAUCCCGUCUUCGUUCCAACAGGGACAAUCGACAUCAACUCCUCGUCCUCGUUGCCUUCCUCCCCCUCCGCUGGUCCCUUCCCUCGCUCCACCACCGCCAGUAUCGCCUCAGACGACUCUCGCCUCUCGCAGAUCUGCCUCGACAAGGUGCUCGUCAUGGCGGAACACUACCGCGUGUUCGCCUCUAGCGCCUUCGACAUCGUGAUGAAGCUCGCUUAUGAGGGCGAGCCCGAGGCGGACGAGCUGCUCAACGAGAAGAAGGUCUACGAGGACCUCGUCAAGUCUUCGGCCUCGACUUCGUUCCUUGUCCCCUAUCUCGGCUUCUAUCGCUCGACCAGUUACCCUCGCUACGCACUCGUCACCGCCGCGGCCCUCGUUGCACGCCUGCACGCCUGUGGCUAUGUCCAUGGGGACCUUGCCAGCCGCAAUGUUGUCAACACGAGCGCCGGCCUUCGCCUGAUCGACCUAGGACGGGCGCAGAAGGCGGGCAGGCAGAUGAGGGAGUGGGAGAUGGCGGAGCUGAGGGCGGUGUUGGCCGAGGGAGGAUCGGAAGUUCACUACGAAUGGUAA